AUUUAUUCAGGCGUCUCCCUUUCGCGCAUAUCUCGCUCCUCGCAUUCUCCACGCUCUUGCCUCUACUCGCCUCAAAAAGGCUAAAAAUGACGCCUGCACUGAAGCCUAUGCGAAACACUUAAACCCUUUAAAGAAUGACUAGCUAUAGUUGAAAGUUUUUCGUGAUGUGACCUAAGAACGGUUGUAAGAAAGCUCCAUCUCGCAUUCCUCAUAAAGUGCACCAGUGUCACGAUAUCAUAUUUCCGCUUUCGUGAUUUGUGAGCAGGCUCUCGCGCUGAAGCACGAGAGGUGAGGACCGCGAAAUUCCAGCCGGCGAGCGAGGCGAGCGUGCGAGAAGUCUGUGAGGGAUCAGGUCGUAGAACUUCUCGCUCACUUGCUCGCUUGCUGGCUCAAAACACGUCAGCCUCGCCUCUACUAUCGCCGUAGUAACAAGAUCCUUCUCGCAGUUUCGUAGGAUUUCGUUAUUCGUCGUGAAGCAUGCGCAGAUGAGGAUUGAAAGAGGAAAAAUCGCUCACUACCUAACAAGCUGAUAUCUGCUCUGAUCUUCGUCAUUUAGUACUGCAAAAAUGGCUAAAAUGGUGUUGUUGGCUUCUCCCACAAUAAUUCCUGUAUUGAUGUCGCUGUUCUUACAGGUUAAUUCAUAUGGUGAUAUAGUCAAGAAUCACACCAAGGGUUAUUGUGUGUGGUACGAUCAAUGCACAACUGGGUACAAGCCGAAGAAUUGCCUUUACAAUGGACCGGCCAAGAAUUUAACCAAUCCAAAGGGUGUGCAGAUAUUGAACAAUUUAUGCCCAGAAUUGAGGGAUCAACCAACUUGUUGUUCAACCAAACAACUGCAAUCGUUGGAUAACAAUUUGCAAACGUUAAUUCAACUAACCGGUCGUUGUCCCGCCUGUUGGAACAACAUGAGAAGGCUGUAUUGUCAGCUUACCUGCAGUCAGGAUCAGUCGCUUUUCCUGGAUCCAACUGUGGUGUACCCAUUUACACCAUCGCCUUCUAUUAAACAAUAUAUCUUGGAAGUUCAAUAUUUUGUUUCACCUCAAUUCAAACAGGGUCUGUUCGACUCCUGCAAAGAUGUUAUUUUUCCUGGAAGCAGCGAGAAGGUUUUGAGUCUCCUUUGUGGUACUUCCGCCGACCGGUGUACUCCUGAUAAACUUCUCAGGUUCAUGGGAAACACAGAGAAUAUAUUCACUUCUUGCACCAUCCAAUAUCCAGACCACCUGAUUCCGAAUCUUUCAUGGAUGAACCAAACUGUUUUUAAGUGUAACAAGCCAUUUAUAGAUCCCCAAACCAACAGGACAGCAAGCGUUUGCAGCUGCCAGGACUGUGCUGCAAGUUGUCCAGUGCGAAAAGAACGACUGACCAUCAAAUCCACUCACCCUUCACCUGCAGGAUACCAUCGAUACGCAGAUGAUAAGUGGAUUCCAUUUGGUCCAAUCUUUCACUUGGAGCUGUUAAAUCAGGCCUUGGAGCUUCAAACUGCGAUCUCCACUAUGAAGGUGCUAUUUGAGAACUCAACCAUUACCUUAGAGGAUAUUUGUCAAAAUUCGACAGAUCGCCUGCCAUUUGCUCCACCAGUGACCGAGCGAUGUGAAAUCCAAAGUGUUUUCCAAUAUUUCCAGAACAACAAGACGAGGUUAAAUAAAUGCCUCACCAGCAUGGGUUGGAAUUGCAGCUAUGGACACAAAUUCGAUUUCAAAUUCGCUGACUUCCAUGAUCACCUGUUAUUUUGCAUGAGGUAAGGAAGACAUUAUGAUCCUGCUGUUGACCGCGGUCAAUUUUUCAACAAACGCUUGACAAACAAACAAACAAAAGACAAACGGAAAAUGAAAACAAAAGAAAAGUAGCACAGUCUUCGAAUUUAGGUUCCCAGUGGUACGCUA